CAUUUUGUUUUUAUGUAUUCAGUGAUAUGUAGCUGUUCGUAGUAAUUUCCUUACUUCACUGUCUCUUUCUACGUAACUAGUGACAUUAGUAAAUGACGUAUUAAAAUUUGUUAGAAGCACGGUUUUUCGUGGCUAAGUAAAUAUGAGUAUAAAUGACGGAGAAGCAAUUGAAUGUGAGCCUUCGAUUAGAAACGUAAUUGAGCAACGGUCUUUACGAUGGAUAUUUGUCGGGGGUAAAGGUGGAGUUGGCAAAACGACAUGCAGUUGUUCAUUGGCUAUACAAUUAUCAAAAGUCAGAGAAAAUGUGCUCAUUAUAUCUACCGAUCCCGCGCACAAUAUUUCCGAUGCGUUUGAUCAAAAAUUUAGUAAAGUUCCCACAAAGGUAAAAGGUUUUAAUAAUCUUUUUGCUAUGGAAAUAGAUCCAAAUGUAGGCAUAACUGAAUUACCGGAAGAAUAUUUCGAAAGUGAAGCAGUUUCAGGGGGAGAAGCUAUGAAAUUAAGUAGAAGCAUAAUGCAAGAAAUUUUGGGAGCAUUUCCUGGUAUAGAUGAGGCAAUGAGUUACGCAGAAGUUAUGAAACUAGUUAAGGGAAUGAAUUUUUCUGUUGUUAUUUUUGAUACUGCACCUACUGGUCAUACUUUGAGAUUGUUAUCAUUCCCACACGUGGUAGAAAAAGGAUUGGGAAAAUUAAUGCGUUUAAAGAUGAAAAUUAGUCCCUUCAUUACACAGAUUACUUCAUUGCUGGGUAUGAUUGACUUCAAUGUAGAUACAUUUUGUAACAAGAUAGAGGAAAUGCUUAUUAUUAUUCGCCAAGUUAAUGAACAAUUUAAAAAUCCUGAUCAGACAACAUUUGUUUGUGUGUGCAUAGCAGAAUUCUUAUCACUUUAUGAAACAGAAAGACUUGUACAAGAAUUAACAAAAUGUGGUAUAGACACUCAUAAUAUCAUAGUAAAUCAACUUUUAUUCUUAAAAGAAGGAGAUGUACCUUGCAGGCUUUGUCUUGCUAGACAUAAAAUACAAGAUAAAUAUUUAGAACAGAUAAUAGAUCUUUAUGAAGAUUUCCAUAUCACUCGACUUCCUUUAUUAGAAAAAGAAAUUCGAGGAUCCCAACACAUCAAGGAAUUUUCGGAAAAUCUUGUUAAACCAUAUAAACCUUAA